AUGUCCCAGCGCGGUCCUUCCGGCUACGGCCUCGGCGGCGGGCCCGCAUCCUACGGAGCCUCGUCCCAGCCCGACGAGUCCAGCGGGAACAUCCUCGACCAGAUCCGGCCGUACACGAGCAAGGCCGAGGAUGUUCUCGACAACCUCAGCGAGCCCAUCAAGCCCUACCUCCCAGCCAUUGGCCGCUUCCUGAUUGUCGUCACGUUUCUCGAGGAUGCCCUCCGCAUCAUGACGCAGUGGUCUGAACAGCUCUUGUACCUGCACGACUACCGAAAAAUCCCCAACGGCAUCACGCACAUCUUUCUCAUUGUCAACGUCAUCGCCAUGAUCGCUUGCUCGACCCUUGUCAUUGUCAGGAAGCACUCGGACUACGCCGUCGCCGGCCUCAUGGGGGUCGUAGUCACCCAGGCGCUUGGCUAUGGCCUCAUCUUUGACCUCAACUUCUUCCUGCGCAACCUGUCCGUCAUCGGCGGCCUGCUCAUGGUGCUCUCCGACUCGUGGGUGCGCAAGACCAAGGCAUUUGCCGGCCUGCCCCAGAUCGACGAGAAGGACCGCAAGAUGUACUUCCAGCUCGCCGGGCGCGUGCUGCUCAUCUUCCUCUUCGUUGGCUUUGUCUUCAGCGGCCAGUGGUCCAUCUGGCGCGUCGUCGUCUCCCUCAUGGGCGCCGGCGCAUGCGUCAUGGUCGUUGUCGGCUUCAAGGCCAAGUUCAGCGCCACCCUGCUGGUUGUCAUUCUGAGCAUCUUCAACCUCUUGGUCAACAACUUCUGGACGCUGCACCCUCACCACCCGCACAAGGACUUUGCCAAGUACGACUUCUUCCAGAUCCUCUCGAUCGUCGGUGGCCUGCUGCUCCUUGUCAACAGCGGCCCCGGCCAGUUCAGCAUCGACGAGAAGAAGAAGGUCUACUAA